AUGCUGUACCCCACCAUACUGUACCCCACUCAAACGGUGAAAGAUCUAGGAGUGACAGUUUCCGCUGAUUUGUCCUGGACCCCACAUGUCAACAUGAUAGCUGAACGCGCAGGAAAAGUUGCUUCUUGGGUGCUAAGUGCGUUCAAAACGAGAGACAAAGCCACCAUGAUGACUCUGUACAAGUCUCUCGUUAGAAGCCAUCUGGAGUAUUGCUGUCCUCUAUGGAAUUGCUCUAAGAACAAGGACAUCCAACAGCUAGAAGGGAUUCAGCGUACGUUUACAUUGAAAAUAGAUGGCACCCAGCACCUCAACUACUGGCAGAGAUUAAAGGCCCUAGAUCUGAUGUCAUUGCAAAGAAGAAGAGAACGGUAUUUAAUCAUCAACAUGUGGAAAGUUCUGCAUUGCAAGUGCCCUAAUGAUAUUGGUAUCCAGUUCUCGGUGACUCUCAGACAUGGUCAAAAAGCAGUUGUGCCCAGUAUAGCUAAGUCCAGCAGUCAACGUAAUCAAGCACUACAUGACAACUCAUUUGCAGUCACUGGACCUCGAUUAUGGAAUGUAAUCCCAACACAUAUGCACACCAUUGAGGAUCUUAUGCAAUUCAAAGCGGCUUUAACGAACUUUGUGAAGUCAUUUCCGGACGAGCCUCCAGCUCCAGGAUACAGCCGUCGGAAUGGAAACUCCUUGCUUGAUUGGAGUGGUGAUAAAACAGUUUCUACACUGUCCGGGGGGUCGACUUUUUCGAUGGCCCGAUAG